UACAAAUACCAAUGGUGGUGUUUAAAUAUGGAAUAUAGAAAUAUUUAGCUUGCCUUUUAUGUGGGUUAAGUUAGCUCUGUCACGGUUACUGCUAGGUGGAUAUUUUCUGCAUUGGGCGUGCAAACGGUGUUGUGUGUGUGUGUGUGUGUGUUCCAGUCUGAACCAUGGAACAGUGUGCCUGUGUUGAGCGGGAGCUGGAGAAAGUGCUUCAUCGCUUUGUAAUGUACGGCCACCAGUCUGAGGAGAGGCUAGACGAGCUCCUGCGCAGUGUCUGCGAGAUACGUGGACAGCUAGUUGCUUUUGGAGUACAAGAUGCGGACUUGUCAGUCCUGUCUCAGACCAUGGCACAGUGUUGUAAGAAUAUCAAAGAAACAGUGCAGAUGCUAGCCUCCCGACAUAAGGACAUCCAUGGCAGUGUGUCGAAAGUGGGCAAAGCCAUUGACCGGAAUUUUGACGCAGAAAUCAGUGCUGUGGUGGCAGAGACGGUGUGGGAGACCCCAGAGAGACAGAAAUAUUUGAGUGAGACAAUUGUGGAGCACCUUUACAGACAAGGGAUGCUCAGUGUAGCAGAGGAUCUUUGUCAGGAGUCUGGUGUAGUUAUAGAUAUGAGUAUGAAGCAGCCUUUCCUGGAGCUGAACAGAAUCCUUGAAGCUCUAAGGAUGCAAGACCUCAGGCCGGCACUAGAGUGGGCUGUGUCGAAUCGCCAGCGCCUUUUGGACCUGAACAGCAGUUUAGAGUUCAAGUUGCACCGCUUGUACUUCAUCAGCCUGCUCAGUGGGGGAAUCAACAACCAAAUGGAGGCCUUGCAGUAUGCCAGGCACUUCCAACCCUUCGCCUCUCAGCACCAGAGAGAUAUUCAGAUCCUGAUGGGCAGUCUGGUGUACCUGCGUCACGGCAUUGAUAACUCUCCGUACCGCACUCUGCUGGAGACGAACCAGUGGGCCGAGAUCUGUAACAUCUUCACCAGGGAUGCCUGCGCUUUGCUGGGUCUCUCUGUAGAGUCUCCACUCAGUGUUAGUUUUGCAUCAGGCUGUAUGGCCUUGCCAGUGCUGAUGAACAUCAAGCAGGUGAUCGAGCAGAGACAGUGCAGUGGAGUCUGGACGCACAAAGAUGAGUUGCCUAUUGAAAUCGACCUCGGGAAGAAGUGCUGGUACCACUCUGUGUUUGCCUGCCCGAUCCUCAGACAGCAAACCUCAGAGAGCAAUCCUCCCAUGAAGCUCAUCUGUGGGCACGUCAUCUCCAGAGAUGCCCUCAACAAACUGACUAAUGCUGGGAAGUUGAAAUGUCCGUACUGCCCCAUGGAGCAGAAUCCGUCACAUGCCAAGCAGAUCUACUUUUGAUACCGCACAUUUCUUCACAAGUAAGGAUAAAGUUCCCUGGAGCUGUUUGCAUUUCCAGGACCAUUCGCUCUGGCCCUUUCCCUCUGUCCCUGGCCUCUUGCCCUUUUUAUUCUAAGCAUUACGGUUGAGUCCCAGUGCUCCUCUGGACACCCUCGGCCUUCCCGGCACUCACCUUGGACCCUCCGACUUUGCGUAGUAUACAGAGUCCAGCGGGGACGGUCCAAGUAUGACCCUAGCCGAGAGAGAGGAGUCUCGAUGUCAGUAAUGAGAGCAUCCUCGCAAAGAAGCACCUCUGAAAAAAGGUCCAUUCGUUGAAACUCAUUUGCAGACACCUGCAUAGUCAUAGGCUUAUCUUUCUUAAGUAUGUAAUACUUUAUAGUGGUAUUUUCUUCCGACUUUAUAAAAUUGUUUGAGUUGGAUGACUGCUUUUUAUUUCAUUUUCUUUUUUGUGACCGAAGCAGCUGAAUGAUUAUGGUCGGGUGAGUGUGGGGAAAUGAUUUAGAUUUUCAGUUUUCAGAAUGGUAAUUAAAGUCUUUGAAACAUUAAGGAAAAACCACAAAAACAGUUGCUGGUGAAGGGAUCUGCGGGGGUUGCUCUUGUACCGAACUCUUGAUUGUGACCCAUUACUCCAUAAUGUAAUAAAGGCCUCACGUAGCUCGAAAGUCAGUGUUGGCCGAUGAAACCAUUUGAGCAGCAAAACCAUUCACUCAUUAAUGGUGGAACAGCUUAUUCUUUUUUUUUUUUCGUGACUGACGGCACCAGCGAGAUUUUCCUCCAUUGUAGAAGCUAUAUGUCUUGUUCUAUGUAUGUAUUUAACAAACCGUGACAAAAAGGAAAACAAAAAAUAUAUACUACUGUGAAAUGUGCUUUUUGUUUUUACUUUUCAUUGCAACACAAAAAACACUCACGUAAAAAAGCAAAUUUGGCAGCUCUCAAGACAAAGGACUCAACAGUUCACGUCCCGGGUGUGUCGUCCCCUCACUCUGCUCCGCACUGUGUGUCCUAAGCUGGCGAGCCGUGUGAUUUGGAGAUGUGAAGUGGUGUGACGGUAGCCGUGUGCUCUGGCUUGCAGUGACUGUGGGCUUAUGAUUCAGCUUUUACUCGUCGUGGGUGGGAGAACUCCUCCGAUCGUUUGUGGCUGUUUAAUAAAUACUUUGAUAAUGCUGCUGCUGCUGCAUAGCUUUUAUUUGAGAUGGAGUCAAAAUAGAAACAUUAAAAUCUAUACAUUUCCUCAGGGCUCAUCGUAACAGUUCACACCACAUUUUUCAUUUCGUAUUAAAGUUGUACAUUUAUAUAAGGAGGCUUGAACAAAGAUGACACAUGCUUCACUGCUGAGGUUAAUGGUUUGCAGUAUGUAUAUAUUAUUCAGAGGGUGUUGUGUAGGCGUGCCCUUGGAAAGAAACGCGUCACAAGUUCACAUGCAUUUGGACGUACCGUAGAGUAUGUUUUAGAUGAUCAAUAAUUAAAGUGCAAGCUCCCCGGGUGCUCUGGGAAAUGGUGAUGUCACCUCACACUCCCGUGAGGCUCAUUUGUUCAGCGCGCAGCAGCACAGCUCUCUGAUGCAACAUUACACUCAGUUUUAAGUCUGCGUUCAGGAUUAUUUUUCCAAACGUUGGUUUCUUUUGGAAAUUGGUUAAAGCACAUGUUACAUUUGCGUGGACCUUUUUUCUUGUUUUCUUUCUUUGGUUGACAAUCAUUCACUGCUUCACUGAAUUUUUCCCUACAGCUAGCGCUCUGUACUUCUGCCCUGUUUAUUUUGUUCAAUGUUUGCAUUUUUUGUAAAUAUUUACCCUCUAACAUGUUUCAUAUACUUGCAUCUGAAAUCAAAAUAAAAAUGUAUACUCCAAGUCAUUUGGAGUAAUGGCAUUUGCUGAUGUUCUGACCCCACUAUGACUUUUUCCCCUUCCUAGAUUUAAAGAUGUUUCGCCUUUGAGUUCAUCACCACCUGGUGGCGUUAUUGCUGCAUUAUCCAUACUUGGGAAUAAAUGGUCUUCAAGUGUAUUAAAUCUCAAA